CGGAGCAGGGAGGGGAAUAUCCGAGAGGAAAGGACCAACGAACGCGUUUCGGGGAAAGGGGGAAACCAAAGAAGCAGUCCCCCCUGCCACCUCCAAGCCUCUGGUCUUGUCUGAGAAUAUGUGGAUGAACUUGUCCUCACCGUGUUGUCGGCAGCAGCUCGUACUACCGUCCGCAUGAACUCAACACCGUGUGAAGUUGUGGAUUUACUGUUUGCUGUUUGUGAGCCGGCGGUGGACCAGCAGAGAUGACAGAUUUGUCUGCUAAACACCACUCUGAGGGAACUUCAAAGUUUUAAAGAGAAAAACAAAAACAAAACAACACGGACCGCUGAGAGAAAGGAGUAGUGACAACACCUUUCACAUUGGCCACUGUAUAACACUUUAGACCAGCCUAAAGGACACAAACACAAAUGUGGACCUCCCAAAACGCUGUCAUCAAAUAACCAGAAGAACAGAACACAUACAAGACACUUAACUCAAAGAAAUUUGUGGCCAUGUCUGAUCACAAAGACAUGACACACCGCCACCUGCGGCACAAACUGCAGAGUCUCGGUCGAAGACUUGAUGAACUGGAAGAAGCCACCACCAAGCUACAGAAGUCUGAGGAUGAGCUGCUUGACCUCCAGGACAAGAUCAUCCAGGCAGAAGGCAGCAACUCAUCCCUGCUUGCUGAUGUGGAGGCUCUGAGAAAACGUCUCCUGAAGAUCCAGGGUAAGGAUGAAGAGGUCCGCAAAGCUGAGGACCUCUGUCGCACGGUGAGAGAGAAACUGGAAGAGGAGGAAAGCCUCACAGUAGAGCUAAGGGCAGAGAUUGAACGUAUACAACGGAGGAUGGCAGAACUGGAGAAACUGGAAGAAGCCUUUGGGAAAAGCAAGUCUGACUGUAGCCAGCUCUGCCUCAGCCUAAAUGAGGAGAAGAACUUAACCAAGAAGCUCUCGAGUGAGUUGGAUAUGCUCAAAGCUCGUUUGAAGGAGGUGGAGGGCUCUGAGACAAAGUUGGACAAAGCAGAACAGGUUUUGGCCAUGGAGCUUGAGAAAUUCAAAGGAUUUACCCAGACCUUUGUGAGUGAGCGUAAGAGGCUACUAGAGAAACAGAGGGAGGAUGAGAAGCUCAUCCUUAAUCUGACAGAAAAACUGGAGCACCAGAAGAAUCGACUCGGCAUCUCCGCAGAUCCUGGUCGUGCAGAUUUCAUGAGGUCAAGAAUUGAAGAUGAGCUAUCCACAGGACUCCUCAGCAGUAAACUGGCUGGACGCAAGAAGAGCCUUGACUACUUGAAGCUGACUGAUGACAACAUUGGCCUCAUGAACAAAUCUGAGAAUGAGAAGAACAGUGAAGGAUCUCAGGAGGAGGACAACAAAGUAAAGGAGUUGACGCAGGAAGUAGAGAGGCUGAAGAACCGGCUCAAGCAGAUGGAGAUAGUGGAGGAGGACCUGAAGAACUCUGAGUCCAAAAAUGGCGAACUUCAUGAGAAGUUCCAGAUGGAACGAAACCGGGCUCGACAACUGAGCGAGCAGGUGGAACAGCUCAGGACGCAGCUGUGCGGAAGAGUUGGAAUUGGAGGAAAUGGAACUAGUAAUGUGGAUAAACAUGGCAAUGGAAGCUCUAUCAUUUGCUCCAAAGGCCCCGCUAAGCUCCUGGAGAACGGCAAAGCUGAGAAUGAAGAGAUUAUUGUAAAGGGAGGUUUCAGACAGGAGAAGCCUAAGUACAGGAGUGCUGCAACUGUCUCAGAACCGAGCUCACCCAAACACAGGAGCAGGGAUCUCUCUCCUCAGCAUAAGAGAGAAACCAAGCUGAGGAACAAAGAGCUUAGCCACUCGGAGGAGAGCUCACCUAAAUCUGUGAGGAGAGCUCUUAGUCCUGCUCACAAGAGCAGAAGGACACCCAAAACCUCAACUACUGCAAUUUCAUCUGAUAACAGAAUAAGAGAGACAGGACGAGUAACUGAUGAAAAGACAAGAGGUGCCACAUACAGCUCUAUAAAUACACCUUCUAGUGAUGUUAAAAAAAUGUCUGUUCUUAGUCGCUACCCUCCAGCAGCUAAUGACCAGAAGCCAAUGAGGACAGUUCACAAACAGAACGAACAGUCUGAACAGAGCAAAAAAAGAGCAGACAAGUUGUCAAAAUUGUAUGUAGGUAGUGACAGUGAAUCAAACAGCUCUGAUGUAGUGCCUGACACCUCCAGUAACAUCAACAGUAUAUCUGCACUAGAGAAGGACACAGCAUCUGCCUCAGAUCAGGAAUCAAUAGACCAGGUUCAGGAAUCUGUCUCUGUGUCUGUUGCCUCCACCCUGUCCAAAGCCAAUGGCUCCUACACAGCCUACAGAUCCCAUGUCACUCCACUGCUGCCCAAUGACCAGGGGUCAGAGGGUCAUUCCUCUGCUUCCGAAACUGAAUCUACUGGGUCAAGACCCUCUGAGCCAGAGCCUGCAACUGAAACGACUACUACAAAUGUAAGUAGUAGGACUGCAACCUCCAGAUAUUCUAGAUACUCCCAUGUCCAUGACUCGCAAUCAGAGGGAUCGUCCUCCAGGAGCUCCUUUGACGAGGAGCUCCACAGCAGAACAAAUUUAGCCGAGGGAGGCCACCAUGGGCCCACGCACACUCCAUCAGGGAUUGAGAUCCAACGAGUGUGCAGCCCGCGUGAGGCACUGAGAUCAAGAGCUGUCAUCAAGCCGGCCAUUGUUGAGAUUGACAGGAAGGAAGUGAUGAUUUCAGAACCCUUGUCCACUAAUGGCAAGCCCAAAAUCUCCACCAAACCGAUCGUGUCCACCGCUAGUAAAAUGACCAGUAGUAUAACCAUCUAUCCCAAUGACCCAAGCUCCUCCAGAACCAGCAGCCGCAGCAGCAGUAUUUCCAGUGAACCCCUGCCUGUCAAAGAACGCCACACAUCCACCAGUAACAUCCUCAUAGGCCCCAGCAGCGAGCACCAUGGCAGUAUCUCCAUCCCGUAUGAAAUCUCCAUCCCCAAGAGUGAGAUCACAUUGCGACCAUGCCAGGACCAAGAUUGUGGGGCGGAUGACCACAAUGAUUCCUCAUUAAGAUCCAAGCAACACAACACUUCUAGACUGGAGACCACCACCAGCCACCUGUGCUGCCAACGCAGCAACUUCAGCCUCCAGUCCCCAGAAACGACCUCCGCAGACUUUAACGACACAGAGUCGGGCUUUGAAAGCAGCAGCAGCAGCAGCACCACCACAGUCACCAGCUGGAGAAGCCAAAGACAAACCCAGCACUCCCAGGAAGAAAGUUUACCUGACUUGAAGAAUGUGACGGUUAGAAGCACCUGGAAGAACCGUGGCCCUGGGUCAGUGGAUGAGAUGGGUAGAGGAAGAGGGGGUGCCAGGACGAUGACGGACGGUGCGUCAGAAGACGAGGCAGAAACUGCGACAACAUGGAGGGCCUAUCGGGCGACCACCAUUGACACAGAGGAAGUGGUAAACAGAGGAGCUGGUGGGAAUGCUGUAGAAACAAAGGGAGCCAAGCCAUCACCUGCAGAGGUGUACAUGCGUAGGAUCAAUAGUGUGGUUACUAACACCAGAGAAGUCGAGGAACCAGUGCUCCGUCGAGGCAAGAGCUCUCAGUCUCCCACCAUGGAAGCAGGAAACCAGGGAAGGACCAUACCCCAUGCACCUGUUACCUCUCAGUCCUGGGGCCGAUCAUACACGCAACAACCACAGGCCACUGAUGGUGUAGAGCCCAGUCCCAACACGAGCCACAGCCCGGCCUCCUGGAGACGACAGAUACCCAGCAGCGACUCACACCACCUGGGGAGCUCUUAUGAUCGGGGGUCCAAGACAGCAGGGGCCAUGUCCAGAGGGGAGCCCUGGUCUGGUCGGAGUCAAGGGUCAGGAGCCAGGGCCGAGGGGAGGAGUGGAGCCGGGAACCGACCGUGGAGCCACCGUCAGUCUGAACAUCACUAGACCUCCCAGGUCUGAGCAGGACGUCAGCAACAUAGAGGACAGCACUCCACCUCUGUGUCACCACCAUCUCCAACAACAUCUGCAGCUUUUAUUACAAGAAAAAUAACAACAAAAUAACAUUUGCAGGCAUCCAGAACAACAAACCACAGCCUUGACAUCCUCACUCUGACCUGAGAGUGUACACUGAGAAGUGAACAGCUCUUCCUAUCCGGAACUUUCUCUAUCCCAAAAGAGGCAUAAAUGGAAAGACAGUGCCUGUACAGUGUUUGUGGAGGUUGCCUCACCAGCCCAUGUAUCCUCUUCUGCUUCUUGUGUUGGAUGUAUUAUAGUGUAAUCCUGGAGCUUGACAAGGGAGAGGCUGGCAUGCUGGGGGACGCCUGGUGAUUUUUCUGUGUGCCAGAGAGGGUUUAAAGAGAGUUAGAGGAAAGGAGGACUCAAUGCCUUUCCUCAGAGGACCAUUACUGUGACCUCAGUGGAGCUGGAUGUGUCCCUUUUGCAUCAAAUCAGAGUUGCAACCUUUUUGUUAUCAAUGAAAAGACAACACUAUGUUUAAUCAGCAGCAGUACAAUGUUAAAGAUGCAUCUUCAUCUCGCAGGGUUGGAUCUUCAUGCAGAAUACUUCACAAACUAGAGGAUCUUUACUUUAAAUGUGACCAAAAACAGGAAGCGAAUUACUCUUUUUUUUGGGUUAGGGUCGCAUCAUGAUACUUUUUUUUACUGAGCUCAUAUUUGCUUUGAUAAUAAAACAAGGCCAUAUGUCCCUUUUUCCUGACUUCUCACACGUAAAUCCACAAAACGUACAAACACAUGCACAUUUAAACUUUAGAUUUAUUUUUAACCCGUGUCACCACUUUCUGGCAUGCGCCAGCCUCAAAACUGGAUUUAAUUUGAGGUCUUAGAUGUUGAGAGAGCAUUUGCAUGUUUUUAAGUAAUAAAUGAAGAGCACUUGAAAGAUUGUGACUCAGCAUGUACUCUGCUUAAAGGAUUGCUGGUUGGAUGCAUUUUAGGAGCAGACACACAUUUAUAUACAUUAUACCUGACAGACUGGGACCUUAUUUAUGCUUUGUGCCAUCUUAACCAGUUAUUUUGAUUCUUAGUAAUUCGCUUCCUGUUCUGAAUCAUCUUUUCCCUUUCUGCCCAACCAUGUCAAGACAAAAAAAUGUUUGCACGCAAUGAAAUGCAAUGCACAUGUAGAAAAAAAUUGAGGGGAUGCGGGAGGGGGGUGAGGGUUGUUUAACCUCAAACCAUGCUACAAUUUCCAUGGUGCUUUGUUUUACAGCUGUUGCAACUGUCCUCAUUCAUGUAUUUUGAGAGAGCCAUAGUUAAAUGGAGUUUCUGUUUAAACAGAACAUUGGACCUUGGAUUACUAGCAAACCUGGCCUGGCAAGGCGGACAUAUUUUCAGUGCUGCUGCAAACACUGUGGACAUGCCAGCCAGUCAGUCAUAGGAAGACACCAGGAGGGGGGUUUGGACUUUUAACCACAAGGAACUGACAGUCCAGCUUGUGAUGCGACUGGGUUCGCCGUGCGAAUCGUCCCAGUUUAUCUCCAUUUCUUAUUUCUAUAGAGGUGUAUUAUUUUGUUAUUUUAUAAAAUAUCAACUUACGGUUGGUAUGUUGGAGCAAUGUCUCAUUGGCGGGGGCCAUAAAAGCAAUGGGGGUGCCAUAAAAUUAAAUUUUUGCCAUUGGCCAGUUAUAGAAAAUGUGUAUUCUUUGAGGUAAAAUGUGGUGCAAAGCUAUGUCAGAGACCUCAGACAUUUUCAAACUGUCUUUUAAUAGACCCCUGCUGGUUUUAGGUCUGACACAUUCACUUCAGUACAACAGGCAAUGUAAAUCCUACAACAAAAUGUACAAAUGUUGCUAAGGAAUGCAGCUGUGAAUGACCAAUCGCUUAACGGCUUGAUGCACCAGUUCAACAUGACUGCGGUCUUUAAGAUCACAAAACCAUA